AUGGGAGGAUUCUGCCCAAGUCAAAACAUAAAAGUUCUUCCCUCACCAGUCAUUCAAGAGGAGAUAACUGUUGACCCUCAAAUAGAAAUUGAUACUCUUAUUAAUUAAGAAACCAAUUACAAACUUAGUUUAAGUCAUAAUUUCUCUCUUGAGAAUCCUACAUUAUAAACUUGUGAUGAAGUAAUCUUAGAAAUCCUCUCUAUAUCACUUUCAUUUAUGGUUAAGGAUUUUUCUGAAUAAUCAAACUUUCUUAAAUUGUAAAUAUAAAAAUAGGUCUAAGACUUAAUUCAAUAUAAAAUUGAUUUCCAGGAGGAUCUUCUUAAAAUGCUUAUUAAUUAUUACGAUUUUCUAAGUUAUGUUUAAGAAAAUGGAGCUACAAAGGUUAUUUCUUGGUGGAAGGAUCCUAUUGGUGUAAUUGAAGUAGAAUAGGCAAUUAAGCAUUGGUCAUAAGAAUUUAUUAAGUAUGGAGGAAAAUUGAGAAGAGAAAAAGCUUUCAGAAAACUAAAUCAUCAUCCUAAACCACCAGAACGCUUUGUAAAAACUAGAGAAUGGAUUAAAAAAUAAUCAGAAGGAUAGGAAGACGAUCUAAAACCAAAAAGAGAUGCUAUAGCAACUACUAAUAAUUUUGAAGAAGGUUUUGAAGAAAAUUGA